AUGCCCCCGCUAUGGGACCCGCUCGUCGUCCUCAACAUCGCCGCCGACAACAAGUGCCUGGGCCACCUCAUACGCGACCCCGCUUCCACCUGCAAGAAGCUGCUGUCUGCCCACAACACGGCGGAGAAGCACCGCUACCUCGAUCUCCUGGCGCAUUGUAGCCCGCAGAAUGUCACCGUUGAGCACUUCUGGUUGCUGCUUGGGGUUGGGUUGUGCAAGACUCAUGCGCGUCAGGCGGAGGAGAUUGCUCGCGGGUAUAUGCAGGUGGUGGAGGGUGUGCUGGCGGCACGACCAACGGGAGUAGGAGUUCAGGAGACUGGUGCUCAGGUGGGAGGUGGUGACAAAGAUGACGGAGAAGCAGCUGAGUCCUCCACCGAGCCGCCGCCGCCUACCCAAGGUACGCAGCUUGCUGGGGAACUCGACGCAAUGGACAUCGACUCCCCGCCGUCCUCUCAGCCAGAGCCUGAGCCCGAGCCCGAGCUCACCCCUGCCCAGCAGAUCAUCCGCGAGCUGCGGCGCCUCGACCAUGUCAUGGAGCUCCCACAUGACCCUUAUGAACACCUGUGGCGCAACCCAGCGCCCGCCAACCAGCAAAAUCAAGACGCUGGCCAGAUUAUGGACGGCAAUCCCUCCAACGCCCUGUCCGAGACUGACAGCGUUGGACCCUUUGCAGUACCCUCCUCGCCCAUUCCGUUCUCAGCGGGUGAAUUGAGCCCUCGACCCCCACCUUCCCCUUCGUCAUCUGGCGACACAACCAUGGAAGCCCGUCUGCGCCCGCGUCCAUCACCACCUCAACGCCGCGCCCCUGUACCCCAACCCGCAGGAUCCCCACCGCCUGCACCAGCCAGCACUCGCGCGGCUCGUUCCCGCCGUAGUAUCCUCGCGGGACUCCCACCACGCCCACGUAACUUGCCUAGCGUCUUUGACCAGCCAGGUGGCUCGCGGAACCUGCGCAAGCGCCUCUUCCGUGGUCCGUCGGUUGAGGUGUCUAUUGAGGAUAUGUAUGCCCAUAUGCGGGCUACUGAGGCGCACGCGCAGCGCGUUCAACAGGAGACUCGGGAACGCAUUGCGGCGGCUCGGGAGGCGGAGAUGCGAGCUGCGGAGCAGAUUCGCACCGUGCGAGAGCGAUUUCGUACCGCCGAGGAGCGAGCGCGCGUCGCAGAAGAGCAGGCUCGCAUCACAGAAGAGCAGGCUCGUAUCGCGGAAGGGCAAGCUCGCAUCGCGGCGGAGCAUGUCCGAAUGGCGGCAGAGCGAGCUCAUUAUGCUGGACAGGAAGCCAGCGCCGCUGAAGAGCAAGCCCGCAAUGCCGAAGCAGAAGCUCGUGCCGCCCAACUGCAGGCCGAUGAGCAAGAUCGCAAGGCGAAAGAAGAAGCCCGCAAAGCCGUGGACCGAUUGCGCCGCAAGCUCCGAAAACCCGCAUACCAGACACAGCUCCAGCAGCGCUGCGAAACCCACGUUCCCCGCCGCCCCUUCACCGAGGAGUGCACCGUUUGCCAAGAACCCAUGGACGGCAGUGACCCUGGAAACCUGUGGUGGUGCAUGGCAGGUUGCGGCAAUAGUUUCCAUACUGCUUGCAUCAGCGAGUGGCUGAAGGAGCACCCGACUUGUGGUCUUUGCCGCCAUCCUUGGAGCCACGAGCUGUGUGCUUGCCAUCCGCUCCUUGCUCGGUUCAAGUAA